GUAUUGGUUGGCGCCAGGUACAUGGGCUCAAGUGAUGCUGUCUCGUUUGGGUCGUCGCUACUUCAAAAGCUCGGAUGGAGACCCGGCUCCGGACUCGGAAAACUGGAGGAUGGAUGUACCGAUCCUAUACAGAAUAACAGGCGGGGCGUUGGAGCAAAAGGCGUUUCGCCUAAAGACGGCCUUACACAAUACACCGCGUAUUCAGACCUCCUCGCUACCCUCAAUGGCUCAUAUAGGGCGGGAAAAAUUGAGGUCGCUAAGCGCUGUAUGAAUAUGGAACAGAUUUCCCGUGAUUCUAGGACUAGAAUUCACUAUAAAUUCACAAAAUCGAAAGACCUAUCAAGGCUCGAUGAAGAAUCUCUAUCAAUACUAGUUGGGACACCACAGAUAAAGCAUAAAGACGAUGCUAUUUUACCAUCAAGCGAACCAUGUGAUAAUACCAAUAUUGUAAAAAGCCAUCUGAAUAGUGUCGAAUACUUUGCUUCAAAGCGAAAAGCUACUUCCUCUACUUUUACUCCAUGUGGCCCAACCUCUGCGCCACAGCUGUGUAGCUUAACAAAUCCUUCGGUGCUUGAUUCCACCACUGUCUUUAUUUACCCUCAUCCAGAACCAGAGAUCAAAGUUCUUAGCGCUAGUUGCCACAAAGAGAGUUCCACUGAGAAAGGUAUUUAG